AAAAACCCCACACCCUACCACCGUGGCCGCUCAUUCUGUUUUCGACUCUCGUGCAGUACAGUACGCUUUAGGUACCGCCACCUAUUUUUUAAAAGUCAGUUGUGUUUGUGUUUCGAUUUCGCGCGCACCCAAUUAAGUGAUAAAAUGAUGUCUACAACAACAACACUUGUUGAAGAACCUCAACCAAUCUCCAGAACCUAUCAAUACAGAAAGGUGAUGAAACCGAUGUUAGAAAGAAAAAGACGAGCUCGUAUUAAUCGAUGCCUUGACGAAUUAAAAGAACUUAUGGUGACAGCGUUGCAAAGUGAAGGUGAAAAUGUUUCAAAAUUGGAAAAGGCCGACAUCCUGGAACUAACAGUACGUCACCUCCACAAACUCCGUCGCCAGCAACGCUUAAGCUACAAUCCUGUAGUAGAUGCUGACAGAUUCCGUGCAGGAUACACUCAUUGCGCAAACGAAGUUUCCAGAUGCCUUGCUGGUACUCCUGGUGUAGAUGUCCACCUUGGUACUACUUUGAUGACUCAUUUAGGACAUCGGCUUAAUGAAAUGGAUAAAGUGUCUCCGCUAGUUAUAAACGUGCCCAGUCCCUACACUCCUCCAGGUUCGCCAAGUCCUCAUUCGUAUGCUUUGCCUCUAACACCAGCUUCUUCAACUACAUCGAGGCAUACACCUUCACCAAGUCAACCUAUUGAUUGUAGUACCAGUGGGCUUUUGAAGGUAGUGCAUGAUGAAAAAGUUUGGCGACCGUGGUAAAACAUUUGCUCAAUUUUUUAGUUUUGUAAGUUGAUCUCUAUUUUUUUUGAGUUGAUAAAGCUUUAAUUUAGUUUUUAAGGCAAAUAAUUAUUUGUGAUAUAAUUUUUAAUAAUAAUAAUUAUUGUAUAGUUUGUAGGUACCUGUGAUUUUCUUUGUAUAAGGAUGUUUUUUUUUUUAUGUAUUGCAAGCUCUGUCUGUGAUACAAGUGUGUAAUUUUUAUUUUAUUUUUUGACGUUUGAACUACAUACAUACAUU